AACGUUUUAUUUCCGGUUUUUCUUUUAAAUCAACGCUUAUAAGUAUUGAUUUUAGUUGAUGAAAAAACGUCAAAAUAAAUGCAAUAAAGGCAACACUGAUGCAUUUUUGGAUUAACAAGAGCAGUCAAGGUUUUGUAGGGUACGGACACAACAGACGGAUUCUGUGCAGCGGUGGUGGAUUCUACCCUGAUCCCAUGGUAACCCCCGUACACAGAUUUCAGUCCAUUGAAAGUGUGGCCAACAAUGGCCUGCGAUCAUCUCGUCAACCUUAUUCGCCCAGGUUAUCCUACCACCCUGUACAAACAUACAAUUACCCCCAUCAAAACAGCAGGUCGCCCAACGUUGCCAGAUCCAUGGAGCACAUAUCGACGACUGGCAACGGCGCGGGGGCGCCGUUGCCGCAGAGAAACUUGACAACGCCGCACCGGUCGCGUUCCCAAACGACCUGCUUCAAGUGCGGAGUGUGGUUCUUUUUUUCCAUGUUCUUCUUUUUUUUCGCAGGGGUUAAGGCUUACAUACACGGCACGCAAUCCGAGGAUGUCCAGCAAACAGCGCACGCGGCGGCAACGAUGUCGAACGCUGAGUUGCCGCCGCCUCCCUACCACAUAGCCGUGAUGCUCUCGCCGCGGAACAACCUCGAUCUGGCAACGGUGCAAGUGAUCCGGGAUUCCCCGCCCCCUUCCUACGAAAAAGCGGUCACCUAAUCGCAACGUGCCGCACCCUGGCGGUGUAUAACGUAACUACAUUUGAAAUUAAGCUGUUGUGACGUAAAAAAUGAAAAAAAAUUGUCACAGGAGUGUUUUAGGUGAUUAUUUAUAAUCAACCGUUGUUGAUAUUCUAUUCCAUGGUGUUUCUUCCAC